ACUCAACAAAAUUGUACACACAGAUUGAUGACGUUUUACACAGCCGAUGGAUAUUUUAUUAGGAAAAUAAUUUAAAAAUGCCAGUUAACACUUCAAAACGUCUUUAUACACAGGUAGCUUCCGAAUGUAUCCACGAGCCAGUUCAAGUGAACACAGUAGUAGUCAUUCAUCCUGGGUCACUAAAUCUACGAAUAGGUAGAGCAUCAGACACUUUUCCUGUCACCAUUCCACACUGUAUUGCUAGGAAAAGGAAAGACAACUCUAUCCCAGAGUACAGAACUCCAUGGAUGAUCAGAAAAGAAAAAGAGCAUUCAGGUGCAAGGAAACAAAGAGAUCAAGGUCUGAAGGCAGCAAAUGAAUCCCUGGAAGGAAAGCCAAUGGACUCUGGUGAAUAUAGGCCACCUUCCUCAGUAAAACAGCUACAUAGUAACAACGUUAGAGUUAGAGGUCAAAGAACAGAUGUGCCGUCUCCAUUUAAAUGGACAAACACUGACAGAAAUCCACAGUUUGUGAUUGGAGAUGAAGCUAUGUAUAUUAAACCUGGGACAGGUUACAGUAUAAAUUGGCCAGUCAGAAGAGGCCGGCUAAAUUUACAUGAUGGUCCAGGUGGAACAGUGAAUGCAGUCAUGGCUGACAUAGAAUCUAUCUGGGGCACAGCAUUAGAGACAUUUUUAGAUAUACCUGUUAAAGAUUUGAAGUAUUACAAAGCGCUGUUGUUGAUACCAGAUGUGUAUACACAUAUGCAUAUACGAGAAAUGAUGAACGUGUUGUUAAACAGACUGGGUUUUGGUGCUGCAAUAGUUCACCAAGAGUCGGUGUGUGGGGCGUUCGGUGCAGGUGUACCCACAGGUUGUAUAGUAGAUGUAGGCGAUCAAAAAACCAGUGUAUGCUGUGUGGAAGAUGGAAUAUCACAAAGAAAAACAAGAUUAACAAUGGAAACUGGAGGUAGUGAUAUAUCGAGGAUGUUUCUAGAAAUGUUGAACACUCUAGGCUUCAACCCAGCCCUAGAUCUAAGAUUUAAUCCAGAUUCUCUACUUAUACAAGAAUUAAAAGAAAAAUUAUGUCAUUUAGAUCAUAAUAGAUAUGGUUAUUUAGAAGAAUCUAUACAGAUAAAGCGACCAGGAGAGAAUAUUAUCAAAUAUCUUAUACAGAUAGGAGAUGAGCUGGUCCUUGCUCCACUCAGCCUUUUCUUCCCAGAUAUGCUAGCUUUACAAGGUGAGAAUCUAUGUAGACUACAGAAACGUAAUGAAGGAGACCCAGCUGACCCCCAUGAUGAUUUCUACUUGAAACAAGUUCAGACCAGACAAGAUCCAGCUACUAAAAUGUCCAAGAAGAAGGAUAAUCAAGACACUACAAGAGAAGGUCCAGACCUUACAUUAGAUGAGUCUGGCCUCAAUGUGCUACAAGAUGAAGACUCUAAUGAUAUGCCUGAAUCAAUGGCAAUGACUGAUACCACAAAAACUAGGCGAGGGGAGGGGGAAGAAGAAAUGGAGGAGGAGUCUACAGUUGAACAAGUGACUCCGCCUCUAAUGGGGUUGGAUGAGGCUGUUCUUUAUAGUAUUGAUAAAUGUGAUUCUGAUGAUAUGAAGAAGAAGAUGUACAGCUGUAUAGUUGUGGUAGGAGGCGGGUUUAAUUUUGAGAGUACGCAACCAUGGUUACAGUAUUGUAUAUGGAAGAAUAUGCCAGGAUAUUUCCGACCAUUGCUUGAAACUAUGGAUGUCAUUACAAGACCAAAGGAGUUAGACCCACAAAUUGUGGCGUGGAAAGGUGCAGCUAUCCUGGCUUGUUUAGAUACUACACAAGAACUGUGGAUAAAACAGAAAGAAUGGCAUCAGUUUGAUGUGAGAAUGUUACGAGAAAGAGCUCCCUUUGUUUGGUAAACACUGUUUAAUAUGCAAAGGAUCCAUUUUGACAAUGAACCUUUUCAGGGAAAAAUGCAGCUUGAAUAUGGUGAU